CAUGGAAACCUAAAUAGAAAUCAACUUCUUAACACAAAAAAAAAAAAAAAAAAGAUUCGAUUUUUCCGCCUAAACCCGUUGCCGAAAGCAUGGAACUUUCUUUUCUAGGAUUAAAACAGAGCGUUCUGUUUCCUUCUGGGCCUUGUCUUUAGCGUCCGUGAGACGUGGACAAAGGAUCGCCAUCAGACACGAGAACCCUCCACAAGAUGACAAGUGUCAAGAGGAAACUAGACGAUGAACUGGCGUCUCCUUGGUUCUACACCGUUUGUACCAUGGGAGGAAUGCUCAGUGCUGGAACAACACAUCUCGCUAUUACCCCUCUUGAUGUCCUCAAAGUCAACAUGCAGGUGAAUCCUGUGAAGUACAACAGCAUUCCCUCAGGUUUCUCCACACUCUUAAGAGAACAUGGCCGUUCCUAUCUCUGGAGAGGUUGGUCAGGGAAGCUCUUAGGCUAUGGCGUUCAAGGCGGAUGCAGAUUCGGACUCUAUGAAUACUUCAAGAGGCUUUACAGCAAUGUCUUGCCUAACCACAACAGAACUUCCAUAUAUUUUCUCAGUAGCGCUUCUGCUCAGAUAUUCGCAGAUAUGGCCUUGUGUCCUUUUGAAGCCAUAAAAGUUAGAGUUCAGACGCAGCCCAUGUUUGCAAAAGGGUUGCUUGAUGGGUUUCCAAGAGUAUAUAGAAACGAAGGUCUUGCUGGCUUUCACAGGGGGCUUUUCCCGCUCUGGUGUCGCAAUCUCCCAUUUUCUAUGGUGAUGUUCUCAACGUUUGAACAGUCAGUGGAGUUUAUAUAUAAGAACAUUAUCCAGAAAAGGAAGCAAGAUUGCUCUAAGUCGCAACAACUCGGUGUCACAUGUCUAGCUGGGUACACUGCUGGAGCCGUAGGUACAAUCAUCUCUAACCCCGCUGAUGUGGUUGUUUCGUCUCUCUACAACAACAAAGCCAAGAAUGUGUUGCAGGCUGUGAGGAACAUUGGGUUAGUUGGCCUUUUCACCAGGAGUCUUCCUGUUCGAAUCACCAUAGUGGGGCCUGUCAUAACCUUACAAUGGUUUUUUUAUGACGCCAUCAAAGUCUUGAGUGGAUUCCCUACAAGUGGAGGGGUUGAGAAACCGGUGGAUGCAACUAAAUUAGCAGUGUGAGGCUUAGAAGAGUAGAUUUUCAUGUCAACUUCAGAACCAGAAACUCAAAACAUAUUAUUAUGUAAUAUUGUUAUGCAAGUAGAUAUCAUCUUGUGAGUGUGUCGUGUAGCGGUUCAAAUGACCGUUUUGAUCUGUUUUUUCUUUCACUGCAAAUGCAUUUGUUCAACCUCUGGAUUUGGAUUGUAAGUAAAGUGCCAAUAAUGAUAUUUUUGAACUUAUAU